GGGACAUUACUCCAGCUGUAUUGCAAAAUGUCAACAACAGCCACAUUGACACAGACAGAGGCUUUCCCUCCAUUGAAGAAUGACCUCAUUCUUCGUGCUGCAAGAGGACAGCCAACUGAACGUGUGCCUGUGUGGUUGAUGCGGCAGGCUGGCAGGUACCUCCCAGAGUAUGGUGAAUUUAAACUGAAGCAUAAUGUUGGCUUCUUUGACAUGGUGAAAACUCCCAGUAUGGCCUGCGAAAUAACUCUACAGCCUUUAAGAAGAUUCAACCUAGAUGCAGCAAUUAUAUUUUCUGACAUCCUAGUUAUUCCACAAGUUCUAGGCAUGGGAGUUGAUGUUGUUGAGGGAAAGGGUGUAAUAUUUGACUUCCUGCUGCAAACUCCCGAUGACCUUGACAAGCUUCACCAGGACGCCGAUGUUGUGCGCGAUCUCAGUUACGUGAUGGAUGCAAUCACCAUGACGCGGCAUGCACUCAAUGGGCAGUGUCCACUCUUUGGAUUCUCAGGGGCACCGUGGACGUUGAUGAAGUUCAUGAUAGAUGGUGGAUCCCACUCUCCGCUGCCAAAGGCCCGUAAGUGGCUGGUUACCUACCCAGACGCCAGUCGGAAACUCCUACAGUUGCUAUGUGAGAAAGUGGUCGACUAUCUUGUGGCACAGGUCAAGGCAGGGGCACAGAUUCUGCAAGUAUUUGAAUCGUGUGCUGGUGAGCUGGGACCAGACCAUUUUGCAGAAUUCUCACUGCCUUAUCUCAAGGACAUAGCUUAUAGGACAAAGGAAAAGCUUUGCGAAACUGGAUUUGAACCUGUGCCUAUGGUUGUGUUCGCAAAGGAUGCCCACUUUGCUAUAGAUGAUCUUUCAAACAGCGGUUAUGACGUUGUCUCCCUUGAUUGGACUAUAAACCCAACACAUGCAAGGCGAAUAGCAGGAAAACAUGUGACCUUGCAAGGAAAUCUGAACCCGUGUCUUCUGUAUGCUAAGGAGGGUGAGCUUAAGUCUGCAGUGAAGACUAUGUUGCAGAGGUUUGGAACGCAGCGUUACAUUGCCAAUCUCGGACAUGGCGUUCAUAAAGAUGUUAACCCUGACAAUGUAGAGACAUUUGUCAACGCAGUUCAUAUGUUCUCUGAGGAUAUAAAUGCCACAUCCUAGCAUCUGUGAUAUCUUUCAUAAUCAGCAUUUUUAAUAGGUGGUUGGCCCAGAUUUUCAGUCAAUUAUAGACAAUGGUUCUUUUAUUCACAACCAGAUUGGCUGAAAAUUGGGCACAAACGAACUGUCUUUAUUUAGAAUUUAUGAAGAGGUCUUCAGAAAUAAAGAAAUAUUUGCUUGAUUUAUUUCUGGAGGUUCUAAAUAAAGUCACGCAUAUCAUAGAAGGCACUGUUGUAAAUGGAUGCAUUUAUAAAAUUAUAUAUUAAUUUUCAGUUCACAAUUUAAAUACAUAUUCAUGGGUCAAUAUUCAAGACACUUUUAUGACCUAUUUGGAGGUAGUUUUUAAUGUGUGAAUGACCCAUAUAUGUUUGUGUAUUACAAUUUCUACAACUUUUACUGACUUGUUUUGGACCAAAAUAAAAAAUAAAAAAUGAGAAAAUUUCA